UGAAUGCAGCAUAAUACCCUCCCUAUCCCUGCUCCUUUCUCCCCUCACCCUCCCUCCUCCCCUACAGCAUUAUUCUCCCCCCCUCUCCUCCCCCCAGCUCCCUCCCUUUCCUGCCGGCCUCUCAGCAGAGGAUGUGUCUGGGAGAGAGAGUGUGUGUGAGGGAAAAGAGGAAAGCCGUCAGUAGAAUGGAUAUGUGCCCUCUCUCCUCCACCCUUUCUUCUCCUACUUCUUCUUCUUCCUCUCCUCCAACUCAUCUGUGUUUUUCUUCACCCUCCUCUAACAGCGCUGCACCCUGGGCACCCUCAGUGCCGGCCCUAGGGGAAAAGGAGACUCGUCGGUUGGACGGGUGGCUGAAAACUGAACUUCAAUGUCAGCAGGGGAUCAGAAGAAAGGUGGCGACAAACCAGAAGACAUGGUGCGAGUGGCAGAGGUAUGGCCAGAGGUUGAGCGAGCCGAGUGUUUGGCCCGAGGUGCUGCCCUAAAGUGGGCGUCAGGCGUUUUCUGUCGACCAGAACAUCUGGAGCGCCUGAGCCAGUACAGAAAGAGAGAGAGUCAGAGGACCACCUCCAUACACACCAGACUCAAGUCCAUGGUCCAGUCGUACCUGGAGGGGGUGGGCUGGGGUCUGGAGCAGCUCCGGGAGGCCAGGGCCGAGCUGAAGGAGGUGUCACAGGCUUUAAAGAAAGCAGGGCUGGAGUCCAACGGGAACACAGAUGGGGUGAAAUCUCUGGAGAGGCUGAGAGAAGCAUCAGUCAACCACUGUCAGCUGCUCGCAGCCGUCAGCAACCUGCCGCGACUUUACUCUGUACGUAGCAUGGUGUUGGAGACUGAGCGUCUGGUGGAGUCCCGGCGUCUCCUGGAAGCCCACGCCCGGCUGAUGGAUCUGGAGCAGUGGCAGGAUGACAUCCUCUGGCAGCUCCACGGGGCUGCUGGGACAGCAGGAAGUGCGCUCAGCACAGAGGACCAGGAGCUGGUGGCCAAAUAUUUCUCUGGUGUCGGGAAGCUGGUGGACGCCCUUGGUAAGGAGCUGUGGGCAGUGGUGAGCAGUGCUCUGGCCCUGGCCCGACAAAACCCCACACCGUUUGUAUCAGCAGUGAGGAUCGUGGAGCGAGAGGAAGCCCUGGACCGAGCGCUACUAGAGGAGAGAGCUGGACCCAGAGGCAGCAGCAGGCCUCUGCCUCCAGGACGGCCUCGCUGCUGGAGGGCAUGCUUCUUCCAGGUACUAGAAGAGGCAGUUUCUGCACGGUUUCGCAGUGUGUCCUACCUGCACACCCGUGGGCCGGGUCUGGCAGGCCACCUCUCGGCUCUCCAGCACGCCAUCAUGGCUGACCUGGCCACGGUACGCCAUCUGCUGGAACACUGUGUCCCGUCACACUACCGGAUAACAAGGGCCUACCUGAGGGCCAGCCACCACUGUUUACAUGCUCACCUGGCACAGGUUAGCAGCUGGGACCUGGAGAGUGGAGAAAUCUUUGCUGUGCUCAACUGGGUGCUGCACAUCUACAACAGCCCAGACAUGAUGGGUCAUCCAGAGCUGGUGACUGAGAUGGAGAAAGAAGAACUAGGACCGCUCAUCUCCACCGAGGGGCUGGAGCAGCUGCAGAACAAAUAUGUGCAGAGUGUUAGGAAGAGUGUAUCAGAGUGGAUGCACAAAGCUCUGCAGGUGGAGCUGCAAGACUGGCAGAGAGACCAGGAGCCAGAUACUGACCAUGAAGGUUUCUACCAAACCAGCCUGCCCACUAUCAUUACACAGAUGCUUGAGGAGAAUGCCCGGGUGGCUCUCAUGAUCGGACAAUCCCUACGAGAUCAGACUAUACAGAUGGGGCUGUACGAGAUGGAGAACCUCCUGAACAGGUUUCGAGAAGCUCUGGUGGAAUCUGGGAAGGAGCAUCGCAAGGAUCUGAGCAACAACAAAAACAAGUUCUACCUCCACUAUCUUCUGGCCUCCAUCAGCAACUGCAUCAUCCUCAAAAAGUCCACAGAGAGCCUCCAGCAGCAGCAGUCUUCACGGUCGGCGGGGCAGUUCUCUCGGACUCCUCCCAACCCUCUGGCAGCUCUGGACCGGGCGGUGAGGCGGGCGUGUCGCCUGGUGAUGGAUCAGCUCCUGCUAGACCUUCAGCCUCUCCUCCCAGGCCUGAUGACCAGGCACUGGCUGGUCCAGGGAGACCCCACCCCCAAACUCUGCACCAUCCUGGAGCGUCACCUGGAGCUGUACGGCCGAGUUCGACCACCCUGCCGACAGCGUCUGCAGGAGGAGGCCCAGUGGCUGAUGGUGGUGGAGUACGUCCGCGCUCUGAUGCAGAAGCGGAUGGUGUGUCGCAGUGCAGAGGAGAGGAGGCAGCUCGCCCAGCAGAUGGUUCAGGACGACCAGCAGUUUAGAGAGAUCUUCCACGGCCUGGAGGGUGAGGGGUCAGUACCUGAAGUGAAUCCUUUGGCAUUACUACCAGUCCUGGCAGACUUCAUCAAACUGAAAGACCCUGGCAUGCUCACUCUGGAAGUUUCUGGACUGGCAGCCAAAUACCCCGACAUCAGUGAAGAGCAUGUGUCUGUACUGCUGGACAUCCGGGGUGAUGUGUCCAGGGACAUCAGAGGGGCUGUACUGGACUUGCUGGAGCAGAGCGCCCCCCCUCUGCCGGCAGGAUACCGGCCCAUCUUCACUGACAUCCUGGUGCCCCCUUCCACCAUGGCCUUCUGUCUGCCCACUGCCAAAUGUGCAUGACGGUGACUGACCUGAAGCCUCCGCUCAGAUUUUCACAUUAAACUCAGGGUGGAUCCGCUCUGCCACUCAUUAUUUAUCCGAGGAGCAACAAUUUUGUUUUUGUUUCUUCACACUCACAGUGUUACACACACCAUUUAUACUAGGAGAUGCCCAGUGCAACUAUCAAAGUCUUCUAGUAGGUUUGACGGUUCAGGGCUUUGCUCAAGGGGUGAAUGACGCCUUCUUUUUUACUUCAUCUCUAAUUUAUCAGAGAUCUGUGCUGCUGACUUGCUGGUCUGGGUCUAACUUCAAUUGAAUCUCAUUUGACUGGUGACGUUCUGAAUCUAUGAGCCGCUGUGGCUGAACUGGUUACAAGAGCUGCAUUAAUGCCUUAAGAAAAUAUACAAAGCAAUCGAACAUCAUCCUGUCAUAUGUGUCAGUGAUUUUUACUUAGACUUAACCAACCUUCGUUCCUAAAGCUGCUUACUGCAGCUUCUACAAGCAAGUGUUGAAUUUCCGAUACCACUCAGAAAUCGGUUGACAUGAUGCCAGUGACCUGCACACACAGCUCUCUGUUGUAUAACAGAUUUCACGACAACACUUUCUACUGAUCAAAUGUUUUGAACACCAUCAGAGAAAUUCCUUUUAACUUUCAUAAUAUUCAGAUGGCAACAGAUAUUUAAGAGGCGGAUAUCUGACCUCAUGGGAACAUAACUACUGAAAGAUUUUGUGGGGGGUUUUUUGUGACUUGUGUAAACUGACAAUUUUACACAUUAAAUGUGUCUACAGGUCUGUGGGUGUUCUAUUAAAUGCAUUGUGGGUAAUGUAAGUGAUAUGUUAGUCAGGUGAAAUCAGUCACAUAACACAAUUUCACCUGUUGGAAAUAAUAAAUUAUGAAUUCAUGUCACUUUUCUGCAUCCUGACCAACAAUUGAAAAACUGUUAUCAUGCAGCUUUUCUGGUCCAGUCACAUAUCUUAUUUCUGAACAUUUUCAACCUCAAAGCCUCUGACAGUCCCAGUUGUGGAAUUAGACUAUUGGAUUUGUUUGCAAAAUAAUAUAUACAUAUUAUGCGAUGUUCGUUGCCUAGGAGUGGAUUAGGUCAUAUCUUCUGUUUUUUUUUUCUAUGAGAAGUCAAACAAAGGUCACAACAUGAAAAACUAUGAAGACGUUUUGCAGUAUAUAACAGAUGAAAGUAGUUACAGUUCAUCAGUGACAGCAUUUACUAUAUACAGAGGUUUAUUAAGACACCAUCACUUAACAGUCUGAACUGGAGACGAAACAUGGUUUUUCAAUGAAGGCUCCUGGACUGGACCACCUUACCUGAGGAGCUAAGGCUGCUCUACAAGUCAAAAGUUACCUUCAAAUCACUUUUCAUUGACUUUUAUUCAUGUAUCUGUCAUUUUGUCCAGUUUUAUCUUGUUUAUCUUGUUGAUAUUGGGUGUUUUUUUUUAAAUGUAUUUAUUGUAUUUAUGUAUUCAUUUUUCUGACAUUUCUUUUUGAAUUACUGUGGUUAUUUUAAAGGAAAUUCCACUGUUGUGGCCCAGUGUCAACGUCUAUAGCACAUGUAAACUCUCUCACAUAAGUGCUGAAUAAAUGCUGUAUGAAAUAAA